UUCAUCAACACCAGCAUCACCAAACGUACGCAUCCAUCAACGCAACUCGACUCAUCUCAUCCACCACUCCAACUCACACUCCAAACCCGAUUUCCAAAUUCGAAAUGGCACCAAAGGCAGCAACCAAGACCCCAACCACCGCCGGCAAGGCACCAGCUGGCAAGGCUCCUGCUGAGAAGAAGGAGGCUGGCAAGAAGACCGCCGCCCCAUCUGGUGACAAGAAGAAGCGCACCAAGACCAGAAAGGAGACCUACUCUUCUUACAUCUACAAGGUCCUCAAGCAGGUCCACCCAGACACUGGUAUCUCCAACCGUGCCAUGUCGAUCCUCAACUCCUUCGUGAACGACAUCUUCGAGCGCGUCGCAACUGAGGCUUCCAAGCUCGCUGCCUACAACAAGAAGUCAACGAUCUCAUCACGCGAAAUCCAGACUUCCGUGCGACUCAUCCUUCCUGGUGAGCUGGCCAAGCACGCCGUGUCUGAGGGCACCAAGGCCGUCACCAAGUACUCUUCCAGCACCAAGUAAACGCGACACAUGACAUCAAUAUGGCUUUGAUGUAAUGUUGGCGUUUGACUUCCUUCCUGCUUUGCGACACGAUGACAGAAGUAUGGGGCUGCUCUGGUUUUGAGGCGGCUUUCCCUUCUUCUGACUCACAACUACUGGGGUACAAUGAGAUGGCGUUCAGAUAAUGCGAUCAUGGGCUGGGUUUUGGUUUGGUUUUUCUUUAUUUUACGAUUGCUCACAAUACCACAACGCGCCCGGUUGCCGCAGUCGGCACGCGCGCGCCAGCAGAGCUUUCGAAAUGCAUGAACGGGUGGUAGCGGUGGUGGGUGCUGUACAGUAGUAACUGCGGCAGAGAGAAGGGCGAGAGAGAGUAGCAGGUCGCAUCAGGCUGAUACCCAAGGCUUGAUAUGAAUGCAUGAUUUCAAAAACUUCACACUGCUUCCAACACUC